AUGCUUGCUGCGCUGCUUGCGCAUCUUGAACGUUCCAACCCUCGAGAAUGCGCUAUUCUGGCUGACUUGGAGUCUUUAGAGAGUCGCUUGGACGAAUUGCUACUAUCUCAAAGCCACAGCGCGUCUCUGAAAACGAUUGGAGUCUGCCCUCGCCUGCGUCUGCAUAUCUCCAACACUUACGAAGAGCAGGACGAUUACCCGAACCGUCAAGGCUUCGUACACACGACGCCGUCGUCUUUCACCAUUUAUAUUCGGGCUUACGAGGUUGACUCAGACGGUAACCUUGCCGACGGUGAGGAAGGGGUGCUCAGUAGGUACUUCCGUCAAAUCCUGCUUUGUACUCCAGAUCGAACAGUGCUGUGGGACAGAGAUGGAGUCCGUGACCUUAGUCCGAAUUCGCGCAGACGUUGCGUGGCAUAUCCGCCUGUGGAUGCAGCUGCAAGCGACGCCGCCUUCCCUGAGUUCGGCCACCGUCGAGACACUUUGGGUGGGUUGAUUCGCGACAGAGUAAGUUCACUCUAUGGCGGAGAGCGCCGCGGUCGACCUGUUGGUAAUGGUGCUGAGAAAGGUAGAGAUUCUCCAACCGCCUGUGUUGGCAUGUAUGGUGCGAACGAUGGCAGGUGCCUCAAUGGUGAUCCAUUGUACAACAAUCCUGGCGACUACGGCGAGGUAGAUGGCGAGUAUUACGAGCCUGGUUUCGAUUUUUGGCGCCAUUCGGAUUCCAAACAACGCGAUGUUGGCGUUGAGGAACGCGGCGUCGAUCCAGGGCCGUAUAACGGGUAUGAUGAGCUUCAGAUAAGCCAGGUGUGCUAUUCGGAGUGUCAGGUCACCCUUUACUUCUUUCCCACCCAGCUCACAAUGAUGUGCACCAUCUCCGACCUUUUGGAAAGUUUUCUAUUGAUGGUUAACGAUGGUGUAGCAGUGACGGACUCAUCAAGACAAAUCGCGUUUUACCGCAUUAUAAGUUUUUUGUGGAUUUACGCGUUUGAGCGGCAUCUGGUGUACGAGAUAGAGGAAGGCACGUUUUUCCGCUUGGAUGGCACCCUUUCUCAACUUUUGGAGAUGCCCCAGGGCUCUGAACUGACAGUGCAGGAUGUGCAACAAGCGGUGAUGGUUCACGUGAUGCCCCCUAAGCCCAUCAAGGUGACCCACGACAUAGUUUUGUCUGGCGAUUCAUGGAAGUCAGCCAGUUUCGUCGAUGUACACUUGGAUAGCGCUAUACGCGGUCGUAAAAGCUUUGGAAAGACCGAAUUUGAGAAACAGGUGGAUUCUCUGCUCCCCGAGUUGCGCGACUUGAUCCACGUGAGGAAUAUAUACGAUUCCUACAGUCGCGAUCCGGCUAAAUUUGUAAAAUUCGCGCUCAGCAGCUCCAACGUGACCAUUGAUAAGCCCUUUUCCGACGAUUUGGUACGGUCUAGUGAGAAAAUAUGCGAAUCGUGGUUGCCGCGUGCGAUUGACAAGUAUAUGACGUUGCGGGACCGCUCUCUCUGCGAUAUUCUCUUAGGCGCUUUCAACAGCGCUCCCAAGAGCACUACCGCGAGAGAUGAAGUGAGUGACUUAAGUGCACGAGAGAUGUUUGUCAAUGAGCUAUCAAUAGAGCCUGUUGAUCAGGACGGCGUUCCCAUAUCUGCGGCGUCAGAUGCGAUAAGCGUUGUCGGCGAGGAAGAUGCAAACGCCCGCCCUUCCAAAUCCGAAUCGAUAUCAACAGAAGCAAAGUUCGACACUUCUAACGAUGCUGGCGAACCUGUUACGCACGAUGCUGUUCCUGCGGAGAAUGGCGAGACUGCAAAUGCAGCAACGGCAGUUUCAGCUGCAUACGCACAAGUGGAGGAUAAUCGCAUGGAUAGUGUAAGCCCCACUGAUAUUUACAAUGUCAACGGCGUGCCUCCACUGGGAGCGAACGACGGCAUCGCUGCUGCGUACACUGCCUGCCUACCAGCGCCAGGUACAGUUCAGAUUGUGCCGAAGGUCCCUGGCGAAGGUGACUUCCAGGUUCCAUCUUUUGAAAGUGCGCCGCAUGUAUCGCCAUACUUGGGUGGUGGCCACGACUUUUCAAGACCUGGGAAAAAUGUUGUGGUUCCUUCGUCUUCGCUGGUGAAUCCCCUUGGUAACUACGUCUCCCCUGAUGGAGUUGAGACCACGUGUGUGAGGGUUGAUUUGCCUGGACCCGGCGUCACGCAGCAGCCUAAUCGUCUGUGCAUCGAUCGUAAGCUGAAGGAAACGGUAGAUUGCAUGGUGCCGGGCAACAUGAUUCACCACCCCUCUUACAGCGUUGAGACACGGUACGUUGCCAACAGUGUUGUUGGAGAGGGUUCGCGUAGCAUGGAAGGCGAUUUCGAGAUGUAUGGCGCCAAUGGCAACGAACAUGUGUGA